UGCAUUUAACUUUGGGUUUACUUCAGAGAGAGUGGCUUGGUUGAGAAUGUUAUGUAUAUAGUAUUUGUAUUCCUGGAGAGCAGUGUGUGGAGUAACCAGAUUUAGAGCUCAAACUUUUACAAGGAUCAAGAGAGGAGGAGACGUAAUUUGUAGACGGUGCCUAAGCGAAUCCAUGCGCAACUUCUUUUGAAAACUCCUGUUGCAAUUCAGAGCGACUCAAAAUAUUACAUAACCAUGGCAAACCGCGUUGUGAACUCUGUACUCGGUCAAGGCACUAGGAUGUGGUCUCCAGUCUCCAGAGCCGUGCGGGCGAUGUCAUCAGGGGCGGGGUCUGGGGCUAGCCCCUCCCACACCUAUGAGACGCUGCGAGUGAGCCAACCACGAGAGAGCGUCAUCCACGUGGAGCUCCACCGGCCCGAGAAACGAAACGCCAUGAACCAAGCGUUCUGGAGGGAGAUGGUCGUGUGCUUCGACAGGAUCGCUGAGGAUUCAGAUUGCAGAGCUGUGGUUGUUUCUGGAGCCGGGAAGAUAUUCACUGCGGGUAUUGAUCUGAUGGACAUGGCUGGGGACGUGCUGCAGCCCGAGGGGGACGAUGCUGCGCGCAGGGCCUGGAACCUACAGCGCAAGAUCAGAGAGUACCAGGACACCUUCAGCGUCAUCGAGAGGUGUUCCAAGCCUGUGCUGGUUGCUGUGCAUGGUGCCUGCGUUGGGGGAGGGGUGGAUCUCAUCUCUGCUUGUGAUAUCAGAUUCUGCUCACAGGAUGCCUGGUUCCAGAUCAAGGAAGUGGAUAUCGGGCUGGCAGCGGAUGUGGGAACGCUGCAGCGCCUCCCCAAAGUCAUCGGGAGCCGCAGCCUGGUGAGUGAGCUGGCCUACACCGCAAGGAAACUGAUGUCUGAUGAAGCCAAGAGCUGCGGACUAGUCAGCCGCGUGUUCCCCGAUAAGGACUCCAUGAUGGAGGGGGUGCUGGACAUGGCCUCUGAGAUCAGCAGCAAGAGUCCCGUCGCCGUGCAGGGAACCAAAAUCAACCUGCUGUACUCCAGAGACCACUCCGUGAGAGAGGGGCUGGAGUACAUCGCCACCUGGAACAUGAGCAUGCUGCAGACCGAGGAUAUCAUGAAAUCAGCUCAGGCAGCGCUGGAGAAGAAGAGCCCCAAGGAGGUGCUGUACUCCAAACUGUGAGAGAGAGAGAGAGAGACCGCUCCAAAUGCACACAGAGAGGAGGACUGUACUGAGCUCACCUGAGCUUACCUGAGCUUAGGGGAUUGUACCUGAGCUCACCUGAGUUUAGCUGAGCUUAGGGGAUUGUACCUGAGCUCACCUGACCUUAGCUGAGUUUAGGGGAUUGUACCUGAGCUCACCUGACCUUAGCUGAGCUUAGGGGAUUGUACCUGAGCUCACCUGACCUUAGCUGAUUUGUAUCUGAGCUCACCUGAUCUUAGUUGAUUGUAACUGGGCUCACCUGAGCUUACCUGGGCUCACGGCUCACCUGAGCUUACCUGGGCUCACCUGGCUUCACCUGGCUUCUCUGACACACAGGUGAGCAGCAGGGAGCCGCUGGUUUCUAAAGGACACACCCUUCAAUUGGGGCUGUGUUCAGCUUUUCAUGCGACAGCAGUGAGACACUCGCCGCCUUUUACCUGCCGCAGGUGAGCCGUCAAACCAGGUGAAGUAAACACCUGCUAAUAAUAUCCUGCCCUGUGAGAUUUGAAUUUACCGCUGGAUCUACUGCUGUACCCAUGUGUUCUGAUUUAAUAAAACAUUCAUUUGGACCCGUU